AUGGAUGCCGAGCAACAGGCUACCGGUCUUGUCCGGUGGGUACAGCAAGGCCAUAACCUGGAUACCCAUGACGAUGUCCCGGAGGAGAUCCGGGCGCAACUAUAUGCCCAGGAACAACAGGGUCGCAAGCGCAAGCGGCAGGACUCGGGAUCGGACUCUGCUGGCCAUGUCCCCGUGAUCAUCCAUAACCAUAUUCCAGACUAUGUGGCAGCGUCGGACAGAAUGUCACCGGAUCUCGGCAGCCCAGUCGGCCCGCCUGCCCGUCCACUUCCCCUCUGCGUGGAUGGGCUGAGGGACGACGCUGUAGAGGCAUACUGCAAAUGGCAUUGCUCCAAAGUAAGAAGCCUUAACCAGAAACGAUACUUCCAGCUUGCAUACAACCUGACGAUCGAGAGAGGGCUGGAUCUCGAGCUUGUUCAUGAGGACAACGAUGCUCAGUUUUUCAUUGAGCAGGGCGUGCUGGAAGGUGUGGCUCGCCGAUGGGUGCGGGAUAUUGAGGUCUAUCUUGAUCAGGAACACGGCAUCGUAGUUGCGUGA